AUGGGAACAAAACCUUCGAAGAGAAACACAAUGAAGAAGAAGGGGGCGGUGCCUCUGGCCCAGCAGGGCAGUGGGGUGCCAAUGGCAGCCUCUGUGCUGGGGGGUGGCAGGGAGUCCGGGGCAGCCAAGGAGGAGCAGGAGCAGGAGGAGGAGGAGGAGAGGGAAAACGAGGUUGGGGGCGAGAAGGACUUUGACGAUCCGCUGUGCGCCUUGGUCCAGAACUGCACGAUGCUUCACAACAUCGUGGGGCCAGCCUGCAUCUUCCUCAGACAGGGCUUGUCCCAAUCCCAGAUCGACAGGGAUCUACGGCCGGAGGAGAUUGAAGAGCUAAAGGAGGCCUUCACUGAGUUCGAUAAGGACAAGGAUGGCUUCAUCACCUGUAAGGACCUGGGGGAGUGCAUGAGGACCAUGGGAUACAUGCCCACAGAGAUGGAGCUCAUUGAACUCAGCCAGAAUAUCUGUGGCGGUAGGGUGGACUUUGAGGACUUUGUGGAGCUGAUGGGCCCGAAGAUGUUGGCCGAGACGGCGGACAUGAUAGGGGUGAAGGAGCUGCGGGAUGCUUUUAGAGAGUUCGACUCUAAUGGGGAUGGCCAGAUAAGCCUGGCAGAGUUGCGAGAGGCCAUGAAGAAGCUGAUGGGAGAGCAGCUCAAUCAGAGAGAGAUAGACGAGAUCCUCAGGGACGUGGACCUCAACGGGGAUGGCCUGGUCGACUUUGAGGAAUUCGUUCGAAUGAUGUCACGCUAACUUUUGAGGCCAAACUGGAGCGAUGGUGGAGGAAGUCGAGGGGAAUACAUGCCUACCCAGCGCUACCAUUACUGAGAUUACCCACUGAAAGGGGCUAGCUUAUAACCUAAUAUGUUGUUUUAUGUACAAAUGCAUGUUGUUUUUAUUUUUCUAGCACUCUAACCUCGUGUUGUAUAUCAAAAGGAAAACUCUGUAAAUAUUGCUACAGAUUCUUUUUGUACAAUCUAAAUGUACACAUAAACAUACAUAUAUAUGAAUGGUUUGACCUUCAGUUUAGCCCUUCUGUGAUAAGUCUCAAUUUAGUGUCAUACCUGGAAAUGACUGCAAAAGUUGUGGUCAUCUCUACAGUGAGUGGUUAUACUGUAGUGGCAGCCCUUGUGGGAGGUGUACAUAUAUAUGUUAUAAUAUGCUGGUAAUAUUUUUGUGUCAUAUAAAUCACUAAAUAUAUUUAUAUGAGGAUGUAGCACUU